AUGUCUACUCGCUUAUCUCCUGAUAAAACACCAUUUUCGCACCCUACUCAUGUUGAUAUAAUGAGCGUAAACGAAGAACAGAAUAUUAUGAACAACGGAUAUUAUACCAAUGUCUGUCAAGCAUUUUACCCGGAUGAUAAUUUGGACAACACCUUGACAUCCUAUCCAAGUCAAAUGCACGCCCAAUCUCAUAUUCUUCCUUCCGCUACUGCCUUUCCUUUCCCCAACAAUGUCGAUAUGACUGUUACGAAUACUAUGGACUACAGGAAUGCUGCUAGCGACUAUGCAUUAUAUCAAGAAACCGCUAAUUACCCAGUUUCUUACCAUUGUCCGAGUGAUAUUCACACGAUGAACGGACAGUCGAAUAUGCCGAGUCACGAUCAAGUCGGAAACUAUACAAACGACUCUUAUCCAGCCCCGGUAUCUUUUCAAACAUUGCUUGGCUUCUCUGCGCUGGAUGUUGAAAAUAAUUAUCCGUCAGACCCUGUUAUCAACCAUUCAUCAAUUUUAUACAUUUUUACGCAAAUGCCAAUGCAAACGUCACUUUCAUCUAACAACUCUAACAUAAUUAAUGAGUCCACUAACUCUGGAUAUGUCGUUAUGAAAGUAGAGUGUACUCACUUAGGCAGGAUAUCAGCUGCUGACAUGGAAAAAAUAUUACCAACACCUCAAUAA